AGGCUCAUUAAAUGAAUAGUUUGGUGGGGGGAAAAAAUCCACGCUUGUGUCAUUACCCCAAAAGUAAUCAACCAGUGGCCUGUGUAAACGGUGGGAAGUUUGUGGAGCCUUCAUCUCCAACUGUAUUUUCUUCAGCAGAAGGAGAGACCCGUCUUCCCUGUCGGUAUCAGGUAUCAAAUGAGGAGGUGAAAGUUCAGGUCAUCUGGUAUCGGGAAAAGCAAGAUGGAAGCAAAGAGCAGAUUAUAACAGCUCAUCACAUAGAUGGACAGCUAGAAUCACCUUUGUAUAUAGGCCACGUGCGGUUCGAGGACAGCGACCCCAUGAAAAACUCUGCUCUCAUCAUCAUGAACACAGGGCUCGCAGAUGAGGGUACCUACAGCUGCAACAUUAUCACCUUCCCCUUUGGAAACUUCGCAGCACACAUAUCUCUCAUCGUGCAGACCAUCCCCAUCUCCUCCCUGGACCCUGUUACACUAGUGGAGGGACAGACUUUCCGACCGGCGGCCACGUGCCGCUCCGUUGCGAAGCCUCAGCCAGGCCUCUCGUGGGACACCGAACUGGUGGGCACCAGCCAGAACCGUAGUCUGGACAACAGCGUGAGCUCCAUCACCUUCUCCCUCCACCCCCUGCGGAGCCUCAACGGACGCAAGCUGGACUGUCUGGUGUGGCACCCGACCCUGACAACCCCACGGAGACUCAGCAACCAGCUCGUGGUCCACUACCCUCCAGAUGCAGUGCUUUCAGGUUAUGAUAAGAACUGGUAUGUGGGACUCCAGGGCAUGUCGCUCCAGUGUGAUGCUGGAGGAAACCCCAAACCACACAAUUUCACCUGGUCCAGAAAGCAAGGAGGACUACCAGAGGGCGUGACCAUGCAGAACGAGAUCCUGCUAUUUAACAGGCCACUCCGAUUGACGGACAAAGGAACAUACCAAUGUGUGGCCACCAAUGAAGUGGGAUCAGGGAAAGCUGACUUGGAAAUAUCUAUAGAAGAGUCACAAGGGAGUUCCACAUCCGUGGACAGUCUCCUGCUCAUCAUCAUUGGGGGAGCUGCUGGAGUGCUGGUACUUGUUCUAGUGAUUGUAGUCAUGACAGUGAACCGAUAUCACAAACAGAGGAACAAACAACUGACUAUGGAGCUGAUUGAGAAAAGGGAAGAAAUAUGCACUCUAUCCAGACAGGCCUCAAUAAGGAGAGUAGGCUCAGUUUGCACAGAUAAUAAAUACCAGAUAGUUGAGACCAUGCCACUAAGAGUUGAAGGAACUAUACGCACCAGUCUUAGUUCACUGGAACGACCCCGGUCUAGAGACAGUCGUUCCACUUUAGGUGGAAUCGCUACGGAUACCCUGGGUCGCCCAGCCAUUUUCAACACGUCCAGACGAGGGAGGGAGCGAGCAGUAGACAGAGAGAGGGAUAGCGAGCGAGAGGCCAAUCGACUGAAAGUGGAGUCUUAUGUGAGGAACAGCCACAUAUCACUGAUACAUCCGGACAGCCACUUCCUCCCUGCUCUACAGCCUUCUCCUUAUCCAGUGGACCAGACUGUUGAACGUAUCAGGUCUCGCAAUGGUAGCGCGAUCCUACCAGCAGAUGGCAGACCGCACUCGGGAGGGGGUAGCAGAGCAGGCAGCAGGUGUCCUCAGUCACCCUUAAACUCCACCUACCCAGCACUUACAGACGAGGAGGAGGGGGACAUAAGUCCAAUUGACGAGGACUCAGGGGUCCCCAGUGGCCAUACGGAAGCGGAUGGCCUGGAUAACGCGGGCAGUGAGACGGCAAGUUCCCAGAUAUCAGAGGCGAUGUCCAGUCACUUUGAGCACACCAACGGCACACUGUGGCCCAAGUCAAAACCCAACAGCAUCCUCCUGGCGCCGGAGAGCACACGGCUGACCACCGCCCACCCGAGUAUAAUCCACCACCAACCUCAGAUAGUGUAGGAGCUACGGACCCUCAGCUCCGCUGCACCAGGUAGCAUCCCUGGAUCCAAGAGUGGUCACUGGACAGCCAAAAGGUUUUGGACACUGGAAAACACUGAUGGAGAGACAUGAGACUCGCCGAGCGAGAAAAGCUGGGUGCUCUUCUGUGAGUAGUCCACAUGGUAGGAUCACCCACAGGACAAAGUGUAGUUCCUCCAUGAAUAUAGCAAGUUAAUUUUAGCACUUUGUGUUAAACCAGAACCAUGUGUAAGCAUACACUCACUACACACUUUGUUAGAAAUAUUUAUUUAUUUUAAAAA